AAAAAUGUGACGAAUCUGCAGCAGCUCGUUCUCGUUCGUACAUUUACCGAAAGCACUGUCAUUGACAAACAUGGCUGCCACUACGAGUGCUUCAAAUGCUGCUGUCUCCGACUCACAAGGUCCAGCUUCGCCUGGUUCGAGUGCGGAUAACCCAACGAUUCAGUACAGUGUGAUUCUGGACCAUCUGAUCGGGGACAAGAGGCCCAUAAAAGACCCGAAUCCCGCAGUACUGGGGGGACUGCCGGUGCCGCCUAAAAGCAACGAGCAGAAAAUGAUAGAGAGGGGAAUGGAGAGCUGCGCCUUCAAGUCUGUUCUAGCGUGCGUGGGGGGGUUUGUCCUUGGAGGAGCUUUUGGUAUCUUCACAGCUGGCAUUGAUACCAAUGUCGGCUUUGACCCUAAAGACCCUCUGAGAACUCCAACAGCACGGGAAGUCCUCAAAGACAUGGGCCAAAGGGGGAUGUCCUAUGCCAAAAACUUUGCCAUUGUGGGCGCCAUGUUCUCCUGUACAGAGUGCAUCAUAGAAUCACACAGAGGCAAAUCUGACUGGAAGAACGCAGUGUACAGCGGUUGUGUAACUGGAGGAGCCAUUGGAUUCCGUGCUGGUCUGAAGGCUGGGGUCCUGGGAUGUGGAGGCUUUGCUGCAUUUUCCGCUGCCAUAGAAUAUUAUUUGCGAUGAACUAUAAGGAGUGUCUCUAUGGAUGAGAACUUAAUUGCUGCACAUGUAGAUGAGCCAGUGAAGACUCGCACUAUGAAAAGUCCAGCCAUGUAAAUCUAUACGUGCACAUGGAGGACUGCUGCAAAAGCAGAAGUGAUGUAUUUGGUGGAAGUGUCAGGUUCCACUUUGUUUCCAGUGGUGACACCACAGUGGGCUACAAAAGACCUGCUUUUGUUUUCCUCCUGUGUCAUUACUUUUAUCUUGUGGACAGUUUGACUGAAGCAAACAACUUCAUUCAGAGAAUCAAGGAACCAAGCAGACUGGGUCUGCUUCUGUAUUGGAGCUAUAAAGAUGAGAAUCUCCUUCGCUCUGUGUAACGACCAACUUGGACUCAGAUGAACACGGUUCUUGUUGUAGAACAUGAGUAUGAUGUGUCAGUAACUAAUCCACAUCAGGAUUAUUUAUAUUAAAGCUGUUCUUUGUUCACUGUUUUUUCUCUUAAUUACAUCCAUGACAGCAAAGUCACUGAAUGCUUUUUCAUUACACUACUCAUUAUAAUUUGAAUCUAUCUAAUGUACUGUAUGUAAAUAUGUCCUUAUUCCGGUCGGCAAUUAUUUUUCUCAGGUAGAUAACUUUAUCAAACAUUUUACAUGGCGUUCACUGAGUAAAACUCUUUUGGGGUUCCACCAUGAGAGGCAGCCAGAUCUCCAGUCCCAAGCCUCCCCUCUGCCUUUACAAAAUUAUAGAUCAAUUUGGGGCCAAUGUUGUUAUAAAUUAUGAGUACAACACAAACAAAAUCACA